AUGAAUGUCAUUAUUCACAUAGUUAUAUUAGCAAAAAAGCCAAAUUAUCCUGGCCAUGUUCCAUUGUCUCCUUUACAACGAAUUUUCCUUGUUGCGGGUUCUGCUAUAAUGGGGUUAAAAGCACCUUGGCGAGGAGACAUGAUUUCCAUCCUAGGAGACUCAUCUGGUCAGCCAUUUUUCUUACGGCGUUUGCUUAAACAAAUGCUUUCUGAUGAAACUGGUCGUCAAAUUUUAAUGGAAAAGCCACGCAUAACUUCAGCAUCUUUAAAUCUUCCCUUUUUACGGACUCUUCCACUGAAUACACUAGGACGUAUCUAUGUUGACUGGAUUGAUAGAGAGCAUGUAAGCCCGGACACACGUUCUCCUACGCGAUAUGUUGAUGACCCAGAAGAAGCAUACGUUAUGCAGAGAUAUCGUGAGUGCCAUGAUUUCUACCAUGCACUUUGUCAUAUGCCCACAAACAUUGAAGGCGAGCUCGCUAUUAAAUGGCUUGAAUUUGUUAACAUGGGCUUACCUGUCGGUGCUUUAUCUGCUUUGUUUGGUCCUUUUCGUUUAAAUUGUAAUCAGGCAGCCUUAUUCCGAAAAAUAUAUAUUCCAUGGGCUGUACGUAACGGACUAGUUGCUAAAACACUGAUAAACGUCUACUGGGAGAAAGAACUCACACGAGACAUCAAUGAGGUGCGACAAAAAAUUAGGAUUGAGGCAGCUCCACCUUUGCAUUAA